AUGAAGCGAAGAGCAAACGCCAGCGAAGUCAGCAUCUCACAUCCGCCGGCCAAAAAGAUAAGACCUGGAAUUAAUCAUGACGCAGCAACUCGAGUGACUUGGCAAGGUUCGCCACAAGGCCUCAGGGCCGAUUGGGUCUUUUCCAACAACUCCAACGUGAAGUGGUUCACCGAGUUGACGCCUUUCAAAAGCGUCACUAGCAGUGGUGCCGUCGAGGGCGUUGGAACCGUUAAUCUGCCCGUCAAACGAGACCCUGACAUGCGUGGACCGCAAGCUCAUCACCUUCUUCGCCUAACAAACGUACUCUACACUCCUUCUUCGGAAUUCAACAUUCUUGGUCAGUCUAUUUUCGAGCUUGCUCCAUCACUCACUUUGGGCUCAACCCUGAAAACCAAGGGCACUUUGGAGGGCCAACCGGACGAGGUUGAGACCAAGCCGCGCCAACGGGCUGGACAGCAACCAUAUACGGCAGAGGAAAAAGCAUGGCUGAAGAAACACUACCAAGGAGAGUACAAGUUUUUAAUGUCGUACGGUCUGAGCAUCUACGAUGAAGAGGAUCGUGAAGAAGGCCGAGCCAUUAUGCAGGCAAUGAUUAGCCCUGACGAAGAUGAUGACGAGGAGGAAGAGGACAACGAAAAAGAAGAGGACGAAGAGGAAGAGGAAGAUGACGAAGAUGACGACCUCAUUCACCCCGCAGAUUUUCUUUUCGACAAGAAAGAACGGGCUUGA